UUGGCCAACACUAAACCCUAAUUUCUUAAAAUCUGCAACUCCAAUUUCGUUUAACCUCAUAAACCCUAAUUUCGUAAUUUCCCUUCGAUUUUUCCAUCUUCGUGCUUGAUCCACGAUGCCAUGAAGGGAGGUUGAUUCAAUUCUUCCAAUCCGCGGUUCCGAAAAUGUCGCUCCACCGGGACUCGCCGUCGCCGGGGAACGGCGGAAACUCGACUGCGUCGAGCCAGAGGCUGCGGCUGAACCCUAACAAGGAGCACAAGCCAGAUGGUUACGAGGACCUGCAAUUGGAUUUCAGCCCAAACAUUUUCAGCUCGCUGGAGAGGUACCUUCCUCCGAACAUGCUCACCGUGCCUCGCCACGACAAGGCCACGUUCAUGCGCGAGAUUUUGCUCAAGUAUCUGCCCCUCGGAGAGCGAAAUAGAGCUCAAAAGCAUAGAGAAUACAGACAGAAGAUAAUAUCAAAUUAUCAGCCUCUACAUCGUGAGUUGUACGCUAUGAACCCUACUACUUUCUUUGUCCCAGCAUUUCUGAAAGCAAUUAAUGACAGUACAGAGCAAAGCUUUAGAAGUAUCAUGUCGGAGCCCUCUCCAGGCAUUUUUAUAUUUGAAAUGUUUCAGCCACGCUUUUGUGAAUUGUUGCUAUCAGAGAUUGAAAAUUUUGAGAAGUGGGUGACUGAAACAAAAUUUCGGAUCAUGCGUCCCAAUACAAUGAAUAAAUAUGGUGCUGUACUUGAUGACUUUGGCCUCGAAACAAUGCUUGACAAACUCAUGGAAGGUUAUAUUCGUCCUUUAUCUAGAGUAUUCUUUGCCGAAGUUGGGGGAUCAAACCUGGAUUCUCAUCAUGGAUUUGUUGUUGAAUAUGGUAAAGAGAGAGAUGUUGACUUGGGUUUCCAUGUGGAUGACUCGGAAGUAACCUUGAAUGUUUGCUUGGGUAAGCAAUUUUCUGGAGGGGAAUUGUUUUUUCGGGGCACACGAUGUGAGAAACAUGUAAAUACUGGAAGUCAUUCAGAGGAGAUCUUUGACUAUUCCCAUGUAUCUGGACGAGCUGUGCUUCAUCGUGGUCGUCAUCGCCAUGGUGCUAGAGCUACAACAUCUGGUCAUCGGGUCAACCUACUUCUUUGGUGCAGAAGUUCUGUCUUUAGAGAGAUGAAACGAUAUCAAAAAGAUUUCUCCAGCUGGUGUGGUGAGUGCAAUCGUGAAAAAAAGGAAAGGCAGCGCUCCUCAAUUGCUUCUACCAGAUUGGAAUUGUUCAGGAGAGAAGGUGAAUCCACUGCAUAAUCUAUUUUGCUCAGUGGAUGGUUGUAAAAUAAUGUAGCUGCAAUAGUUUAUCAAGACAAUGAGCCUAUGAUUUCUUAUCCAGGUGUCUGUACAAGUUAUAUGAUGUAUUAGGAUAGUUUUCUUUAAAUAAACUUGGAUUUUUCCUCUAUAAUGUAUUACGGUUUAUCUGAUGCCUAUAUAAUGUCUUUCAGGUAAUAUGUAGACCGGUUUAAUCAUUGACCAUUGUUAUGUUUUAGAUGCAUAAAACCACAAUAUCAUGGCCAGAAGUAUAAAUU